AUGUCAUUCUUGAACAAUUUAAAUGCGUUUCUAGAGUCGGAUGAUAAACAUAUACUAAUCAGUAUUGAUUUGGUGAAUGAGCCUGUGGCAAGAUAUGAUCCUCCAUUUGUCCCUUCAUCACCUUCUCAAGAAGAAAAGAGAUUGCCCUUUAUCCUCAAAGACUUGAAUCUGUUCAGGUAUAAUGAAAGUCUCGAUGCCAAUGUGUCUCCCGUUCGUUCACUGUCAGUUAAUCAGAGCUACGACUUGAUCAAUAGCAAUCAUGACUACCUUCGUACGCAUGACUCACAUCUAAAUUCCACAUUCUCAUCUGUGGUUCCAAAAUUGAAGGUUAAUGUUUUGCUGCUGCUGCAGAGAUGCGUAUUCCCGUUUGACAAAUUUAACGAAAUGCAAUCAAAGUGCUUUAAUGUUGUAUACGGAACCACAAAGAAUUGUGUUCUCAGUUCUCCCACAGGUUCAGGUAAAACUGUGGUGUUUGAAUUGGCAAUAUUACGUGCGAAUGAAACCUUAUACGACUGCAAGGUGCUUUACCUAGCUCCAACAAGAGCCUUGUGUAGUGAACGAAAAGAUGACUGGUCCAAAAAGUUUGCCCCACUUGGCAUAACAGUUGGUAUGUUGACAGGUGACACAUCAUAUAGAGAGACAGAAAGCGUACGCAACUCAAGAGUCAUUAUUUCAACCCCAGAAAAGUGGGACAUGAUUACCAGAAAAUGGAACGACUACAAAAAGUUGUUUAGCUUGGUCAAAUUGCUUCUUGUGGAUGAGGUACACGUACUUAAGGAGCCACGUGGUGCAACUUUGGAGGUGGUCAUGACUCGAAUGAAGAGAAUCUGUGUGGGGUUGAGAAUCUUGGCAAUAUCUGCCACAGUUGCAAAUGCUCAUGAUAUUUCAACUUGGCUCGAUGCUGAAACACUAAUUUUUGGUGAAGAAUAUCGUGCAGUUAAGUUGCAAAAAAUUGUUUACGGUUACAAACCCAACAAUGAGAAUGACUUCUCUUUCGAUAAUCAGUUGAAUUCAAAGUUGGUUGAGGUUAUAGAGAAGCAUUCAACAGGAAAGCCUGUAUUGAUUUUCUGUGCAACUAGAAAUAGUUGCCAGUUUACAGCAAAGUUCUUAGCUGAGAAGAUAUGUGCAAAGGGAGUUGUUUUAAAACUAAAGGAUAGAGAAUUAGCCAAUUUAAUGAAGACUGGUGUUGGAUAUCACCAUGCGGGAUUAACUUAUGCUGAUCGAAAACUAAUUGAGGCUGCUUUCUUGAAUGGCGACUUGGGGUAUCUAUGUUGUACUUCAACGCUUGCUGUGGGUAUCAAUCUACCUGCAUAUUUAGUUAUUAUCAAAGGCACAAGGUGCUGGUGUGAAAGCACAUUUCAGGAGUAUUCAGAGACAGACAUCUUGCAAAUGAUUGGUAGGGCAGGGAGACCACAAUUUGAAAAUGAAGGGGUAUCUAUUAUCAUGACUAACAGCAAGCUAAAGCUAAAAUAUGAACGGUUGAUUAUGGGAACCGAAAAGGUCGAGAGUUCGUUGCAUUUGAACUUUUCCGAGAAUCUUUUAGCAGAAAUCGCUGUCGGUAAUAUUAGCUCAAUUGAUGACGCGCUCAGUUGGUUAAAAACCACAUACUUUUACGUUCGGUUUCUCAUCAAUCCUCUGUAUUAUGAUAUUCCUAAACCAACUACAACAGAAGAAAACUUGCUUAGGUUUUGUAUGAACCAAACAGAUAAGUUAAUUAAAGAGGAUCUAAUUCAUGAUUUCAAGUGUACAAAGUUUGGACUAUCCAUGACUAUGCAUUAUAUCAAAUUUGAUACUAUGAAAGUGAUUUUAAAUGCUAGUGGGCAGCUUAAUAUAUCCGAAUUGUUCGAUAUUCUUGCCAAGGCUGCAGAGUUCAGUGAAGUCAAGAUCAAGCAUCAAGAAAAGAGAUUGUAUAAGGAGCUAAACAAGUCCCCCUUGAUGAGAUAUCCAUCAGAAUCAAAAGUGAGCACCAUAAUUCAGUAUGAACUUGGUGGUUUGGAAUUUCCAAACUACAACGGAGCUCAAAAGUUGCAAUCAAGUUUUUUAGGUGACAAGUUUUUUGUGUUCAAACAUGUAUCGCGGAUACUCAGGGCAAUGAUGGACGUAUUCGUUGAGAAAAAGAAUGCAAAGUCUUUGGUAAAUCUGGGAUAUGUCAUGCGUUCUAUUACAGCUAAAGGAUGGGAAGGAUCACCUAAUGAGCUUAAACAGCUUGAUACUGUUGGUAUCAAGAGUAUCAAGAAGUUGGUGAACCAUAAUGUGCUUACGUUGAUGGACGCUAAAACAUUGUCGCAAACACAAAUUGAGCAAUUUUUGGGCCUAAAGGUUGGAGCUGGUGCUAAAUUGAAAAGGGCAUUGUCAUCGAUACCUAAGAUUGAUGUUGAUGCCCAUUUGAAUGGAUCGGAGGUUCAGAUAAAUAUAAGAAUUGAACCCAUCACGAAAAUCUUCAAAAAUGAAACUCUUUAUUUGCAGGUGAUAAGCUUUAGUGGUGAUAGACUUGUCGACUUUAGAAGGGCUUCUUUGAAGAACUUUACUGAUGGUGGUUUUGUUGUUCCAUAUUGUGGUCAGAUGGUUGAAAUUGAGGCCAGUGUCAUGUGUGGCGUUUUUCGAAAAGUCAGUGUUGGGGAAUCCAAAAAGCCCAUAGAGGACGUUGACCCAAAUUUUGAAUUCUCUUCAUCCUUAACUUCAUUGAGCGAUAUAUUUGCCAUUCAGCAUGUACAGAAAGACGCUUCCCAAGACAAAUGCAAGAACGCAUGUUUGAUUGAAGGUGUAGAGGAAGAAAACAAUUCUGGUACUUCCCAUUUGCUUUCUAGUUCGUCUACCAAGGCAAUUGUGGAUGCGGCUCCUCUCGUUGCGAUUCGAAAAUGCUCAAAGAAGAAGGUUAGGAGAAAAAGAUCGAUCUUUGAUGUUCAUUCUGAUGACUCAGAUGAUGCAGUUUCAAACAACAUCGCCGAGAGGAAAAAGCCGAAAGAUAACCUGAAUAAAGCACCAGUCAAGACUGACACCUUGUUGCGUGAAAGUGGUGAGCGCGUUGGCAAGGAGUCUUUGCGUCAGAAAGAAACAAAGCUAGAGUCAAAUGAGAGGAACAGAGAAGGCAGAAGUGAAGUUCAUGCUGAAAAUCAAGUCAAAAGCGAUUGUACGAGCUGGGACACCACUGAACUACUGGAUGGUAUGAGGGCAACUGAAGGCCUCAAUAAGGGAAGUUCAAAUCCGAAGAUUGAGGAAGAAGCCCCUACAAAUUCUAAAAAGGAAUCAAUUUCAUUCCACAGUGUAAGUACUAGAAGCACUGCCAAGCAUUUUGAUGUACAUCUUGAUAAAGAUGGCUCACAAAUUACUCAGGUAGAUGAUGAUGUCUUGGAAGAAUUUCAGCAGUUUUUUGGGAGCGACGUGCUCGUCGAAUAA